CACCAUCUCGCAUUCUCAGCAGCAGCAGCAACACCACGAUGCCUCCUAACAAGGGCGGAAACUCGAAGAAGGAGGCGGGACGCGCACGCAAGGCGGACGCCGAGGCGGCCAAGCAGGACGCCGCCAACAAGGUCAAGGAGGCCAAGGAGGCCGACAAGUGGAAGUCGGGCGCCAAGGGCACGUCCAAGGCCGAGCUCGAGGCGGUGAAGAAGGCCGAGCUCGCAGCCAAGAAGGCAGAGCGGGACGCGCUCCUCGCGGCCGAGGAGGCGUCCGCGCCGACCAAGAAGGCCGCCCCGAAGGCGGGCGACAAGAAGAAGAAGGAGGGCACGUUUGCCAAGUCGAACGGCGGCAUCGCGGCCGCGUUCAAGACGGACGACCCGCUCGGCCUGCGCCACGACGAGGAGCGUGCGGUCCCCGAGCUGAGCGCCGUCGGCAUCGACCAGAUGCUCGAGGCGCUCGAGCUGGCGAAUGCCAAGACGGAUGCGGACGCUGUUGGCGCCAAGGCCAGCCUGAUCGAGCGCCACCCCGAACGCCGCUUCAAGGCCGCCUUCAAGGCGUACGUCGAGGCCGAGAUGCCCAAGCUCAAGGAGGACCACCCAGGCCUCCGCCAGAACCAGAUGCAGGAGAUCCUGUACAAGCAGUUCCAGAAGAGCCCCGACAACCCGUUCAACCAGGUCUCGGUGGCGUACAAUGCGUCCAAGGACGAGCGCGUCGACAUGCUCAAUGCGACGACGCGCGCCCGCGAGGCAAAGUACCGCGUCGACAACGACUAGGCCGCGCACGCGAGCGCAGCGAGCGGUGCGGCGCAGGGUGUGGCCGAGGCCAGCGCCAGUGUCUCCGCCUGCCUGCCUGCCCGCCCGCCUAGCUACCAUAGUAUCUAGUCUCAGCAUGAACCAGUAGAGC